AUGGCAUCUCUUCGGUGGGUCAAUGGAUCUGGCACCUGCUGGCAUCUCAACCAGCUCCGCCCCUGUCUAGUCGACCACAAUGCCCCAGGGAAGCUGCCAGUGACUGUUGCCGGCUGCCCUGUGACAGAACCUCCACUUCUGGCUUCGCCUCAGCUGCUGCCUCCGCCGCCAGCUGCCCCUGCUGUGUCGCCGCCUCCAUCCCGCGAUAUCCAUGAACAUUUGGAUGUUGACCAGGAUGCCCCCACUCCUAUGGACACUCCUUGGGGGUGCCCAAGGAAAGCGGCUGCAGGACAGGCUGCACAGCCACCGCUUGGGAAGGCGGCCCGGCUGAGGGGUCGACGUCCAUCAGCUCCGAAGGCGGUGGCGACUGAAGAGGGACCGCAGGCGCCGGAGCGACCACCUGGGGCGCUCCCGGAUGAAGCUGCGCGGGAGGCAUCAACGGGACGGGCUGUCGGCGUGGUAGCGGCGACGGCUGCUGCUGCUGCCCUGGGGGCGGCAGCGAAGUCGGAAGGCGCGGCUGGAACCCGCCGCGGACCAAAUCUGUGGACAAAGAACGAGCGGCAGAAUCCGGGCGGCCAGCGCGGCGCAACUGGUUCUGAUGCCUCCUGUGCACCCCAGUAG